AUGAGGACCUGGUGGCUCCUGUUCGUCUCCGGAGUCUGCGCAGGGAUGGUGAACUCACAGGACACCUGCAGGCAGGGCCACCCUGGCGUCCCUGGGAACCCGGGGCACAAUGGAUUGCCUGGGAGAGACGGACGAGAUGGAGCAAAGGGCGACAGGGGGGACGCAGGCGAACCAGGACAUCCUGGUGGCCCAGGGAAGGACGGGAUGACCGGAGAGAAAGGAGAACCAGGAGCCGAUGGAAAUGUUGAAGCAAAGGGCGUCAAAGGUGAUCAGGGCUCAAGAGGCCCCCCAGGGAAACACGGGCCAAAGGGACUUGUGGGCCCCAUGGGAGAGAAAGGCCUCAGAGGGGAGACCGGCGCCCAAGGGCAGAAGGGGGAGAAAGGCGACGUGGGUCCCGUCGGUCCAGAAGGGCCAAAGGGCAGCCCCGGACCUUCGGGCCCAACUGGUUUACCCGGCCCCGUGGGCCCCACUGGAAAGCCGGGUCCCAGGGGAGAUGCCGGCCCCUUGGGGCCCCAGGGUGAGCCCGGAGCCCGGGGAAUGAGAGGCUGGAAAGGGGAUCGAGGAGAAAAAGGGAAAAUUGGGGAGACGCCAGCCUUGCCCAAAAGCGCCUUCACCGUGGGGCUCACGGUGCUCAGCAAGUUCCCUCCAUCAGACGUGCCCGUCAAGUUCGACAGGAUCCUGUACAACGAGUUUGGCCACUACGACGUGGCCACGGGGAAAUUCACCUGCCACAUCGCCGGCGUCUAUUACUUCACCUACCACAUCACCGUUUUCUCCAGGAAUGUCCAGGUGUCUUUGGUCAAAAACGGGGUAAAAGUCCUGCACACCAAGGACGGUUACACGAGCUCCGAGGACCAGGCGUCCGGUGGCCUCGUCCUGCAGCUGAAGCUCGGGGACGAGGUGUGGUUGCAGGUGACGGGAGGGGAGCGGUUCAACGGCUUGUUUGCGGAUGAGGACGACGACACCACGUUCACGGGCUUCCUCCUGUUCAGCGGCGCGUGA